AUGGAAUUAGAAAAGCUGAGAGAGAAAUGGAGAGAAAACAACCUCAAAAAUAGCACAAACGAGGAGGAGCCUUGCCUACCUAGCUUUGAAACUGUUCGCACGGCCAUGUACAAUUCAAGAAAUGCAGUGCUGUCAGCUGUUUCCCUCAGGGCUACAGAGGAUGAAGGAUUUACUGCAGAAGUUGAACCAGCUCUUCCUUCAGGUCCUAGCCGGUCGACCAGAUCUAGAGAUACAAAAAGUCAUCUCAGGCAGAAGACAACACCUUCCAAAACCAUACUUUGCAGUCCUGAUCUUGAUGACUUGGAUGAGGUAGAUGAGGAAGAACGUGAUGAUGAAGAACGUGAUGAGGAAGAACACAAUGAGGAAGAACAUGAUGAGGAAUGGAAAAAUUCACCUCCGUGGAAGUCCAGUGGUAGGCGGGUUUCCAAAGAUAUUACCUUCUAUUUCUUGCCCUCAAGCCGUGGCUCUCAUGUUUUGGUUAUCGAUGGCUGUGUACUUUAUCAGAAUACCACCAGAACUUCUGGGAUGUCAUACUGGCGGUGUCAGAAAAAGGGUUGCUUCUUCAGGGCUGUGUAUGAUCCUAUAGUAGACAAGGUAACAAAGACAGCUGGCCUACACAGUCACCCUCCAGACUCCAAUCAGAUGUUGCGGCGGCAGUUUAUCAACAAUGUCAAGUCCCAGAUCACGGAAAACCCUCACCUUCCUGCCAAGCAAAUCUAUGAGAAAGAAGUGCAGAAAGUUCAUCAGGAGCUAGAUGGACUUGGAGUCAUAUGGAAGGUUCCUCCCUUUUCAUCUGUUAAGCACCACAUUUACAAGGCACAACACGAUGCCUCAAAAACUGACGAUGAAGAGGAGCCAGAUGAAGAUACUACAGAAGACCAGGUUCCUAUCAAAAGAGAAAUUACAGAAACUGAGAAGAAAUUUCUUGAAGAGUCUGCGCCGCUGCCUCAAGAGGAAGAAACCAGAUUAAACAGUUUGCUUUUGUCUCCUGGUCCAACUCCUAUACAUUCCACAAGUUUUCCUGAUCUCAGUUUUUACUUUAUUCCUUCAAAGAGAGGGAAGAGAAUUCUAGUGGUGAAUGAGUUCACAUUGCGGCUGACCAAUCAGAAAUCUGGUGGCCGCUACUACUGGAAGUGUACCGUGGAGCCAUGCAUGUUUCGUUGUGUUUACAAUGGGAAUCUCCAGGAUCUGGUCAAGGUGUCGGGUAAACACACCCAUGCCAGCAACGUCAACAGGUUACGGAUCCGAGAGUUUUAUUCUCUUAUCAAAGCUCGCAUGGCACAGGAUCCCAGUCUCAGUCCGAAGAAAGCUUAUGACCAGGAGGUGGCCAGAAUUCGCAGUUUAGAAAAUGGGGAGGCUCUUGUAAAAUGUCUGCCGGCAUACUCCAGCAUCAGAACAUCCCUUUACAAUCAGAAACGCAAAAAAGUUCUCGAAGAUGAACAAAAACUGCUUUCUGGGAGGAGCACUAUUGGGAGUGGCUACAACAAUUAUUACACAGGCACAUCAGUAGGAGGUGCCCACACACUGGGAGCAGAGGCUAAUCUGGACCAGGCUCAGGACAUUUCACCCAAAGAUAUCACGCAAUUAAGUCUAGAGGACAAUGAUCCAAUGGAGCAUGAAGAAGAUGACAGAGGAACAUUGUCGAGCAGCUCAUCCAGCAGUAACCCCAUGGAGAUAGCUGCUCCAAGUCUGUAUGACAACCAUGACAUCAUUGGCCAGUACUGUAGCCUAACUGGCAAAUCCCAGUCUUUGACUCAAGAAGAGAAAAGCCCUGAGACCCAUCUAGUCACCAAGCCUGAUCUCUCGGUCAACUCUGUGAGUUUUCUGCCGACCGCUAGAGGUGGUCGUGCUCUGGUUGUCAAUGGUUGCAUGAUGCGCAUCAAUUACACACGAGAUUAUGUGACCUACUGGAAGUGCCCCAACACUGCCUGCCACUUCCGGUGCAGCUAUGACUCCAAAAGAAAACAUCUGAUACGUAUAAGUGGCGAACACAACCAUCCAGUCAGCGCAUACAAUUCUGUAAUUAGAAUAUUUGUACAGAAGCUAAAGAAGAGGGUUUCUCAAGAGAAUAAAUUAUCCCCCAAAAUAAUAUAUGAUGAAGAAGUGGCCCGCGUGAAAAGUGAGGAGACAGAUGUGGAACUCUUGAAGCGACUCCCAACCUACGACAGUCUCAAGUCCACCUUGUACAAAGUGAAGAAAAGGCCUGCAAAAGCAGCAGUGUCAGUCGCAGACAAUGUAGACUAUUUGUUUGAUGCUUCUGAGGAUGAGAAACAGGAAGAUGAGAACUGUACAGACACUGCAGAGGUGAGCUCAGUUGAAGAACCUCCGUAUGACCCUUGUAUAGAGGAAGGUUUUUCUAUGUUCAACUCUCAGCUGCCCUCUUGGAUAGAACAAGAUCCAGACAAGCGUCUGCUUGAUGGUCAUUUGCUAGUUAAGAAAAGUACAACAGAGACCAGUACUGGGUGGUCAUGUAGCAAGGAGGACUGUCCGUUCCGUUGUGUAGUGGACAUAGAAACCAAUGCUAUCACCAGAAGCCAGUGGGAUCACACACACAAAUCGGUUGUCAAGCAGAUCAUUGCUCAGACUAUGCUCAGUGCCGUGAGGAGAAGAGCGGUCAUGGAUUACAGCUUGUUACCAACUGUAAUCUAUAAACAAGAGCGCAAGAGGAUUAUCGACAAACUCUCUGGAAACAAGACAUUGAUCAAAUUCAUCCCAAACCUGACUCAGGUUUAUCAGUUGAUAACAAAGACCAGAGCUAACCCCCGUCCUCCUCAAAAACCCACAGCCUCCCUCAUAAAACAUGCGAAGCAGAUGCAGAAAAAGAAAUGCAGUAAAGCCUCAGGGAGCAACGUGAACAUUGCCCCCGGUGUCAGUUGUACUGGAGCUGGGCAUUUUGAUGCCGACUGUCUCCUAGAGCAGGGUGAAGAUGAUGGAAACAAACUGAAAGCUUAUCCUGUAAGUAAGCCUCGACAUCAGCAAAGAGGUUUGACAUUUAAACAAGAACCUUGUCAAAACUUAUCAUCAACCUCUGUAUUGGAUAGAAGCUGUGGCACUAUUCCUUACCAGCAGCCAGAUUUUGAUCAUACCAUUAUCAGUUUUAGAAAUGCAGCUUCAGCACAUGUUGAUGCUUUCACUUCAGUACCCCAGCAGUCAGGCUGCAGCAGCAGGUUUAGCUUACCAGAUAAGUCCUCUCAUUAUGUGGCCAGAGAACCUUAUCUCCACCAGCAGGUGCAGCCGUCACAGCAACAGGAAUCCUCAACCGCGGUUUCAGCAUCAGCUCCUCCUUUGUCACCACCGCUACCAUUAACACAGCAGCCGGCUCCAGUACAGGAUUCCCCCAGCAUUAUCCAGAUACCACACAGUGUGAUGCCUGACAGUGAAUUCAUGUUUCUCCUCCAUGGAUACCCCGUGAAACCCACCACCACAAGCAUGGGCAGCAUCUACUGGCAGUGCCAAGUGCUAGGAUGUGGAUUUCAUUGUUUGUUCAACACAGAGACAUCCCAGAUUGUAAAGGCUUCUGGUAGCCACAACCACGCACCCACAGGUUCACAGUCAGCUUUCUCUUCUCAGGUGGUAAAAGUGCUGCAAAAGAAAGCCAUUGAAAACUUGGAUCAGCCCUUGAGCAGUGUGUACUGGGAGUAUGUCAACAGUUUGAGGCACAUCUUACAAUCUGAAGAGAUUAUGAACAGCCUGCCCAGAUUCCAAGAUGUGAUGUCAGCUAUGCAGAGUUCCAGAACUGCCAUGGGGGCUGAUGAUACAACUCACCAGAUACCUAAUUUGAUAGUAGGAAGUGCAGUGCACAGCAACAGAGCGUAUGAGUUUCACUACGAUGCACAGCUCGGGAGCCUGAUUGUCAGUGGGGAUAUUCUCCUGAGACACUGGAGGAUGAAUGAGAUGUCUUAUUGGCGAUGUAAACAGGUAGAUUGCAGGUUCAAGUGUGUCCUGGAUGAUGAGCUACAGUGUGUACACAUUCUGAACACCCACACUCACCCAUGUCCAUCGUACGCACAAGAAGAUGAUAGACACUACCACACCAAGCGAAAAUCUUCAGACAAACCCUCACUUGGCAGACUGAAGAUACCACGCAUUGAAUGA